CUGCCCGAUUGCCAUAGAAUAGAAAUCCCCUCCUGAAUCAGCAGCGUCCACAGCCGCCCAGCUGAAUCGAUGGAGAUGUGGAGACAUCGAGUCCUAGGAUCGGUGGCCACCCUGCUCCUGCUACUCACCCUCGUCCAACCGUUUACUCUGAACCAGAUCGCGGAAGACGCGCCGCCGACGCUCGGAGGCAUCCAGGACUCGCCGGGGCCAGAGAAGGUGUACGGAGGCAUCGAGGACUGGCCGGGGGCAGAGAACGACCUCCGCGUCGUCGACCUCGCCCGCUUCGCCGUCUCCGAGCACAACAGCAACACCAAUGCUGUGCUGGAGUUCCGGAAAGUGGUGAAGGUGAAGCGGCAAGUUGUUGAAGGCAUGAUGUAUUACAUUACAAUCGAGGUGGAUGAAGGCUGGGCAAAGAAGCUCUAUGAAGCCAAGGUUUGGGACCGGCCGUGGCUGGAUUCCAACCCCAGGAAGCUCUCGGAGUUCAAGCCGGCAGAGGAUAAACUAUGUACCUUGUUGCGUAACAUGCCUGCUUUUCUGCCGAGGUUGAAUCGUGCAGGCUGUAUUGAAUAUAAAUAACUAUGUUCAAAAGUUUCUUGAUCAAUCAUAAUGGCUAUGAGUGAAGUUCCAAAAAGGCUUGUGAUGUUGUCAAUGUGGAUAUUUAUCAUGGGAUAGAUCCCUUUCACCCUUUGUUUCUCCCAGGGCCCUGCAUAUAUAUACUCUAUCUAUAGAACUGUUCAUCAUCCAUGCAUGAUGCAUCAUUAGAGACUAAGACACAUGAUGUGUAUAAGAAGAAGUUUAGAUUUGAUUAAUCCAAAGCUGCUAAUUUCAGGGACUUCACAACUGUGCAAAGAUCUUCACAUACGGUUUA